UGGAAUAAUGUGAUUAUCAGAACAGUGGCAUUGUUUUUGGCUAGUGUAACAUCAAGUGAUAUUUUGGGAACAUUUUAAAGUAUAUAUGACUUGCGGAUAUGUCUUUUAAUUGGAAAACCGGCUUGUUGGGAACUUGACAUCAAGUUCAGGCACGAGGAUUUCUGUCUGGCAACAGACCAAUUGUGAAAGAUUGUUAUGGAUAAGAAGAAAUUAAAGAAUUACUAUGCAGAUGAAUAUGAUUCUGCAGAUGAUGAUGAACUCCUUGAAACACUGAUUGGAAGAAAUCGCUCAAGUCCUAACAAGAAAAAACAAGCUCAAAAUAAGAAAAAUCUUAGGUCCCAGACACCAAAACCGAAGAAAUCGGCUACUCCAAGAAACAAUAAAAAAAAGACUAGAGAUAGGGCACACAGUUGUCCUCCAGGUAAAACAGGGAGGGAACUCUGGUUAUCUGCUAUCAAAAACAGACAUACUGCUGGUCUUGUGAAUUCCCGACACCCAGAAAGUCCUCGACACAAGACAUCCACAGAAUAUUGGGUGGAUACAUUGCGUAAGACAGGCAUUGGGCGCAGUACAGAGAGUACUGGUAUGAACACAUUCUCUGGCCUGAAAAAACCUAAAGAGAGAGACAUGCCUUACCUUAGUACAUCUUCCUAUCUACGCCAGAUUGUUGGUACAGAAAAGCCAAAGAAACAUGAUAACCCAACAACAAAACCGCCUAUAGGUACUCCUGCAUAUCGAACUCCUGAAGAAUACUAUGAGCAGAUCCUUGAAUUAAAGAAACAAAUUCAAAAUUUGACUCAGGACAAUGGUACAUUGAAGGCAAAAGCACGAAGGGCGGAAGAAGAUAACAUAAAAAAAGAAAAAGAAAUAGAUGGUCUUCUUAACCCAACUAAGAGUGAAGAGAUGAGACGAACAUUGGGUGACAAGCGACCAGACUCUGGUGCGAUGGUUCACAGCCUGAAACAGAAAAUCUUAAAGCUGGAGACACAGCUCAGAGACAGAGAAGCAGCUUAUACAAAACUGCAAGCUGAUCUGAAAACUACUAAGAUUGAGGAAAUGAAAGUCCAGUUAGAAGCAUGCUUUCAUGAGAUUGUUAGACUCCGACAGUCCAAGGAUACAGGCUUAGAAAAAUCAAUCAAACAAAAGACUGAAGGUGGAAAGAUGGACAAAGCUGUGAAGGACACAAUAAUCCGACUAAAUAAACAGAUUGAGCAGCUUCGUUCUGAGAAUAAAGGUCUGAAACAGGACCUGGAGCGGGACCUGGCUGGUACAACAGGUGAUUUUGAAGACAUGGACAGAAAGCAGCUCUUAAGUGCAAUUAAAAAAUUAGAAAAGAAAUCAAAGAAAAGAUAUGAUGAUGAUGACGACGAUGAUGAUGAAUCAAUAUACUCUACAGGCACAAGGAAAGUUGACAUAAAGAAAGGGAAAAUCACUCUAAAAGGAAAUUUGGAGGAGCGACUAGACCAAUUGGACAAGAGAGAAACCGAGUUAUUAGAUACUAUCGGUAAACAGGCAGAGACCAUCAAACGUCUCAAAAUCUAUCGCAAACGCUGUGAAGAAAAGGACAAAGAUAUAAAGGCUCUUGAAGAAGAGCUCGGAGGUAGUGGUGGAAUAUCAUCUCGACGGUCACCUACUCCUAGAACUAGUCGUCCACCCUCUGGACGACGAGCGUCCAUGGACAGCACAAUGUCUGAUGACCGUCGAAGCAGAAAGAAGAGUACUGAUAUUUCUCAGGACAAUGCAGCACGCAAGAUUCAACAAGGCUGGAAAAAGAAACAGGCUGAUAGAGAAGAGCAAGAGAAGGCAGAUUACGAAAGGCGACUGAAGGCAGCUGAGCGACUACAAGAAAAACAUGCAGUGCGCACCAUAGAAAAGAACUGGACAAAUUACAGAACUACAAAGAAAAGGAAAGAUGAGGAGCAAGCAGUAAAAGUACAGAACUUCCGAGAAGAAAGAGCAGCAAAGAGAAUCCAAAGAGAGUGGCUUGACCACAAAAAGCGUCAGUAUGAUGAUGAACUGGAAAGUGCUACAGAGUUGAUACAGGCAUCCAUGCGCGGUCAUAAAGCCAGGAAGGGACGUAUGCGACAGAUGCGAGAAUAUGAUGAUGAGUACUCCGAUGAAUAUGAUGAUGCUGUGAACUUGAUUCAGUCCAGUUUUAAAGGUCAUCUGGGUCGGAAGAAGAAACUGAAGAGGUACGAGUAUGAUGAUGACACCGGUGAUGACUAUGAACAGCUGUAUUCAGGACGUCCAAGCUCAGCAAGUUACAAAAACCAUUCCAGCUCCAUGGACAGAGUUCGACCAGGUUCAGGGGAAAGGAUUCGACCAGGUUCAGGGGAAAGGAUUCGACCAGGUUCAGGAAGUCGCCCAAGCUCAGCAAUGUCAAGAGGAAGUAUUUCCUCCAAGCGGAGUUUUACUGGAAGUGUUGGGAGAACAACAACAGCAAGCUAUCAUCAGAGAAUGCCUGACCACAGUUCUGGUAGGACCACACCUACCGGUAGACUGCCAUACCAACGAGCAUCAGAUUAUGAUGAUGAUGAUGACAUAGAAUUUUAGUAGAAUGAUACUUCCUGAUAUGACAUUUUACGGGCCUUUCAAAAGAGAUGCCAUCAGUGACAUGUGAGAAUGUAGGUCUGUAGAGGCCUUCAUCAGGGUGAUGGUUUUCUCUGUCUCAUCUUAUCAUCCGUCCCAAUCUUCUGCAUAUUCCAUUUCCCAGUCUGUGAUAUUUCAAUAUAUUGUACUUGUCCUCUUUAUAGUGUAACAAUGAAUUUAUGUUUAUUUUAAUGUUGUGACCAUUUUGUAUACAAAAUAAAUCUUGUGUAGGUAGUCAAAUAGUCAGAAUCAUAAGAAUGCUUGUUUAAACUUAAAUAGAUCUUUGUAUUUCGUCACUUUAAUUAUGGACGUUUCUUAGAAAAGUGCUUCAACAUACAAUUUGUUAAUUUAACAGUUGUAGACAUUUUGUGGGACUUAUUGUACUGAAAUUAUUGAAAUUAACUACAUGUAUUACGAUAUUAUCUGUCAUGUUUUCUUGCUGUCAUAGGUUCUCACAAAGGUACCUGGUAUGUACUAAGAUAUAUAUGAUAUGUCAUAGGUCCUUACAAAGGUUUCUUUAUACAGAAUUUUGCAUUCCUAUCAAUGUUGUUUAACUUUAUUAUGAAAGAAGAAUAUGACAGAUCUGUAGUUGCAGUGAGACAAGGGCAUUCUGAUAGAGACUGAUACCUUUAAAAUGUUUGUAGAAGUGUAGUGUUAACAAUUAGCCUCAUCUCCUUGGUUUAUGUGACUCACUGGAUCUAAUGGAAUAAGCACAAAUUUUACUAUACUAGUUGCAUAUAUAUAGUUAGAAAUAUUUCUUUAAUAAUGGUCUCAUAUUGAGAGUUCUACAUAUAAGUAGAAAGAACGAUGAACCAUACAGUGUUUGUUUCUACCUGCUGUUUGAGUAGGGAUUUGGCUGUAGCUGUUUAGCAGGUUGUGAUUCUUUUGUAGAUCUAUCUUGAAUUUUAGCAAUUGUUUCUAUUGAAGUAAAAAGAAGAAAAAAUAGCUUUAUGUACAACUUCCUUAACCCUAGUGUGACCUCAUAUUCAGUAAUUAAAAAUAGAGAUAUUCCCAGGAAUGAAAUUUUUUCGGUUAUGUCCUAUUUUACUUUGAAAGUUACUGUAUUUGUAAGUAUCUUACAAGUAUAUUGACAGGUACCAGUUAUAUAAACAGAGAAGUUAAGUUGCCAAGUUCUGCGUUUUGUGAAGUUCCUUUUCUGCUUUCUCCACAACAAUUUUCCCAGGUAUUGCUUUAAUAGGCUUUUUAUCUCAAUAUUUCACUUAUAUAUAUAUCACCUUAGUCAGAAACUUUGAAACUGUUUGCAGAUUUUUGAUAUUUUUGACUAUUUAAAUAUUCACUGCAAUGAAAGAAAUGUAGUCAUGGUAUUCAUAAACAUUUAUACACUGACAACCAAUACAUUUAUACACUGACAACCAAUACAUUUAUACACUGACAACCAAUACAUUUAUACACUGACAACCAAUACAUUUAUACACUGACAACCAAUACAUUUAUACACUGACAACCAAUACAUUUAUACACUGACAACCAAUACAUUUAUACACUGACAACCAAUACAUUUAUACACUGACAACCAAUACAUUUAUACACUGACAACCAAUACAUUUAUACACUGACAACCAAUACAUUUAUACACUGACAACCAAUACAUUUAUACACUGACAACCAAUACAUUUAUACACUGACAACCAAUACAUUUAUACACUGACAACCAAUACAUUUAUACACUGACAACCAAUACAUUUAUACACUGACAACCAAUACAUUUAUACA